AUGGACCCCCGUACCAGUGCCCAGGACGUGAUGCGAUGUGACCUGUGUGAGACCGCUGUGGUACAGAUGCAUUGUGAUACAUGUCUUGUCAACCUGUGUACAGCUUGUGUUGGGAAACAUAUGAUAUCUGAUGAAUCCAAGGACCACAAAGUUGUCAAAUUUCAGUCCAGAAAAUCAGCUCUCCUCUUCCCUAGAUGUACAACUCACACAGAUAACAGUUGUGAGCUGCAUUGUAAGGAAUGCAAUAUUCCGGUUUGCUCCGCUUGUAUUGACUCCAAAAAACACAAAGAUCAUGACGUCCACUUACUAAAAGACAUUCUUGCCAGGAAGAAAGCAAAAAUCCAGAAAGAAAUCAAUGAAUUGAAGGAAUCCAUCUGUCCAACCUACUUGGACAUAGCAAAAGAUGUACAAAAUACACUAAGUCAAAUAGAUGUGAAAUAUGAAGAACUCUCAACAGCCAUGACAAAACAUGGAGAGGCCUGGCACAGAGAAAUUGACAAACUUGUCAAGAAACUUAAAGAUGAAGUUGACGAGAUGAAAAACAAAGAUAAUGAAACUCUAAAAGCACAUUUAUCAAAUGUAGAUACAUGCACCUCUAAAAUAAAUGAUGAUAUUAAUUCUCUGCACAAAUUAAUAGAUUCUACAGAUAUUUUGAAAGUGUUAAACUUCCAAUUAGACUAUAAGAAAUACAGGAUACUUCCCUCUAAAUUUAACAUAAGAAUGGCACAAUUUUCACCACCGUCUGUACAGGAACAGAUCUUUGAAGUGUUUGGAAAAAUAAUACCAACAACAAUAACCACAGAUAAUCAUGGUUACAAUUUAAAAACAGCACAGAGAUUGUUAGGAACUACAUUGUCUUCUUUACGAGAGGACACUGGAUCCUCUACUCCAGUCAAAUAG